AUGGCUUUGAUUCACAAAUUGCUGAAUGGUAUUUAUAUUUUCAGAAAAUGCCAGAUUACAGGUACGGCUUCACACCUAUUUUGGGGUCCUCACUUUGCAGACUACUGUUCCAGUAGUCUUCAGAAACCUGUGGCUGCUCCUGGCAAAUCUGACUCCUCUGAGAAGAAAACAGAAAGGAAUUUACAAGGACAUCAUCAGACCGGAGUUUCUUUGGACAUAACUUCUCCUGAGGAGAAACCUGAAGUUAGUUUUGAUAAAGCCAUUCGAGAUGAAAUAAAGGACCAUUUUAGGCGUCUGAAGGAUCAAUUUAUGAUCCAGUGGAUAGGACCAGAAGGCCGCCCCCUGCAUGAAGUCUUAAAGGAACAAGCUAAGGUUGUCUGGCAGUUUCGUGGAAAAGAAGAUUUGGAUAAGUGGAUAGUGACUUCUGAUAAAGUGAUUGGGGGAAGAAGUGAAAUAUUCUUGAAAAUGGGCAAGAAUAACCAAAGUGCAUUGCUGUAUGGAAAUCUAAACUCCGAAGCCCCUCACGAUGGGGAGAGUAGCCGCAGUGGGUACUGUGCAAUGAUAUCCAGAGUCCCAAAGGGCCCAUUUGAAAUGAAGAAGCCUUAUGAUUGGUCACAGUUCAACUCUCUCUAUCUCCGUGUCCGUGGUGAUGGACGACCUUGGAUGGUGAAUAUCAAGGAGGACACAGAUAUAAUCCAGAAGAAGGAUCAGUUGUACAGUUACUUCAUGUUCACCCGUGGGGGGCCCUAUUGGCAGGAGGUGAAGAUUCCUUUUUCCAAGUUUUUCUUCUCUAACCAAGGAAGAAUCCGAGAUGUCCAGUUCCAGCUUCUGCUUGAUAAGAUAUCUUCUAUAGGAUUCACUCUGGCUGAUAAAGUGGAUGGCCCGUUCUUCCUGGAAAUAGACUUUAUUGGAGUAUUUACCGAUCCAGCCCACAGAGAAGAAUUUGCCUAUGAAAAUUCUCCAUAUCUGAACCCACGACUUUUUAAAUAG